AUGUCCAAACACUUGAAGUCCCAAUCAACCUUUGCGUUCGAAAACACCUCGUCGAACGUUGCGGCCUCCCAGAUGAGAAAUGCACUGAACGCGCUAGUGGACUCUCUCCCUGCGGAGCUGAACAGCCAGGAGAAGCUGCGGUUUGAGAACGAGAUGGACUCGUUUUUCGCCUUGUUCAGAAGAUACCUGGCGGACAAGGCCACGUCGUCCAAGACGUUGGACUGGGACAAGAUCUCGUCGCCCACCAACGGGAAGGUCGAGUCGUACGCGUCGUUGAACGACGACAGCUCCAACAAGAACUUCGACAAGUUGGCGGUGUUGAAGUUGAACGGAGGCUUGGGCACCUCGAUGGGCUGUGUCGGCCCCAAGUCGGUGAUCGAGGUGAGAGAGGGCCAGUCCUUCCUCGACUUGUCGGUCAGACAGAUCGAGUUUCUCAACAAGACGUUCGACACAGACGUUCCGCUCUUGUUGAUGAACUCCUUCAACACCGACAGAGACACGGAGUUGAUCGUCAAGAAGUACCAAUCCCACAGAAUCAGAAUCAAGACGUUCAACCAGUCGAGAUAUCCAAGAAUCUUCAAAGACAACCUCUUGCCCGUGCCUAAGCACUUCGACGACCAGUUGGACGCGUGGUACCCACCGGGCCAUGGUGACUUGUUCGAGAGUCUUGUCUCCUCCGGCGUGUUGGACUCCCUCUUGAAAGAGGGCAAGGAGAUCUUGUUUGUCUCCAACGGUGACAACUUGGGUGCCACCGUCGACUCCAAGAUCUUGAAUCACAUGAUCGAAACCGGUUCGGAGUGCAUCAUGGAAUUGACCGACAAAACUAGAGCAGACGUCAAGGGUGGUACCUUGAUCGACUACGACGGUCAGAUCAGACUUUUGGAAAUCGCCCAAGUUCCAAAGGACCACGUCGAGGAAUUCAAGUCAAUCAAGAAGUUUAAGAACUUCAACACUAACAACUUGUGGAUCGACUUGAGAGCCAUCAAGAGAUUGGUCGAGUCCAACUCCCUACACAUGGAAAUCAUUCCAAACCAGAAGUCAAUCACCAUUGGUAACUCUGAGAUCAACGUCAUACAAUUGGAAACUGCUGUCGGUGCAGCAAUCAGAUACUUCAACAACGCCCACGGUGUCGUUGUCCCAAGGUCAAGAUUCUUACCUGUGAAAACCUGUUCAGACCUACUGCUUGUCAAAUCCGAUCUUUUCAACUUACAGCACGGCACCUUAGUCAUGAACCCGGCAAGAUUCGGUGGUGCUCCAUUGAUCAAAUUGGGCUCUCAUUUCAAGAAAGUCUCUAACUUCCAACAGAGAAUUUCCCAUAUGCCUAAAAUCGUUGAACUCGAUCAUUUGACCGUUACAGGUAACGUCUUUCUUGGUAAAGGCGUCCAAUUGAAAGGCACAGUGAUCAUCGUUUGUUCCGAUGGCCAAAGAAUCGAUAUUCCAAACGGUUCCAUUCUUGAAAACGUCGUUAUCACCGGUAAUCUCCAAAUCUUGGAACACUGA